AUGGCCCGAGACCCAGCUCGCUCGUCCGAAUCCCCGGCGUCCUUCCGCAGGCUUCUCUCGUCACACCACUCGAUCUACAACACCCUCACUGACCCUCUUCUCGAAUGCACACUGCCCCCACUUGGCGCAUCCAGAGGCCCCUUUCCAAAAAGCCUUCUGAGAACUGUGUCGCGUAUGGACGACGACCUGGACGAGCGCCUGGUGCCGCUGGAAAUCCGGGCCCCGCCGCUAGACGAUCCGUUGGCAUCUUUUCUGUCGUGGCAGUCCAUCAAUAUAUCGCUGUUCCACGACAUCACAAGACUGGUGCGGCUCUCGUCGCCGCUUGCGUGCAGCCAGUCUCGGCCCGCCAGCGCUUCCAUCUUGUCCAACUCCACCGACGAAGACGCGCAGGCAGAGUCGCUUGUUCUUGUGCCGUCGCUCAAACAGCACGUGUCGCCGCUGGUCUUGCUCUUCGAGACCGACGAGGAAGACGGCGCUGAUGAAGAGGCCCCUUUUGCAGAGAGCCCCGUUUCAGGCAAGCUGCGUCGGCUCGAGGACAGGCCCCCCAUCUCUUCCAGCACCUCGCAGAGACAAACUUCUGUCGGGUCGGACCGUCUGCAGACGUUCAUCAUGCCCAGGAUGCUGCUCUCCGACGAGAUUGGGUCGGCACGGCUCACAAUUGUUAGCUCGGCCAGCGUAGCCUUGGACGGUGAGAUACAGGGGUUGGCAGCAUACGUUCAACACAGCCUGCCCAUCGCGUCCUCGCGCUUGACCAUCUCCCGUGUAUCGCUUGAAAGGGCACCCUUGCUUGAGGAGAUUUUAAUGACCCGCAACUCGGAUAUGGUGCUCGUCAUCAAUGACGGGUGCACGUGGCUCUCUGUCCUCACGAAAUCGGUUGUGGAUUUAUCUGGCAAAGGCACCUUACCUGCAUUUACUGUGGUGAACCUCUUGACAUCAGACUACUUCGCCAGCCUUUUUGAUAUCAUAAGCAGCCUCAGACCCGCCCAAGUAAUCAAGUCUCCGUCUUUGAGCAACAAGACUUUCUUGGAACGGGUGCGGGGUAUCGUUGAAAAGGAGUUGAAUCGACGCAAAUCUCACUCAAAUUGCGCCAAAGCAACUCCGAAAACUCAUGAAGCCAACAUGGAUUCACAUCACUCGUUUGUCUUGAGUUCAUCCGCCAUAAAGACUGACUACAGACAUAUGGAGAAGAAGAUACGCCACGAGAUGGUUUUCGCACCCGAGUAUCAUGCCGUUGAUCCAUUACAAAUUACCUCUGGCUUGGGGCAUUUAAAUGUCUUGAUAGGUUCUUUGAAUGCUUACUUCGUCUGCGGCUCAUGUGGCAGUACAUCUGAGAAAUCCUCCUCGGCGAAUCGCGAAACUUUAUGGAUUGUUUGUACUUUUUCACUUGGAAUUGGGUUAGGUUUUACUUUGAGCGCAUUGCAGGUAUUCAAAGCAAUGAAGGCCACGUUGUUUCUGGAUGCCUCACCAAACCCAGUCGCUGUGAAACAUCCCAACUAUGAAUUGAGUUUCCACACGAUUUCGGACGCAUUCACUGGUUUAUUUGAUCAAAUGGGAACUCGCAUCAACGACAUGCUGCAAAACGUGUUACGUAAAUGCUCGAGCAGUGGGAUAUUGAGUGAGGGCCAGUUCGAGGCUUUUUUGCAUGAGUCCAAAUCAACGGGCAGUGCUGCAAUCCACUCUGCUGCGAACGGGUACUACAAAAUCAAAGCUCUUAUACACGGAUGGACUGAGUGA